GCGGGGGAGGAGGAGGAGGAGGGUGCUGGUGAAGCUCCCCUGGGAGCCGCCAUUUUCCGGAGGGGGACCCCUUCCCUCACUCUUAAAGCGGCAGCGCUCCGCGCUGAGGGGCGGCUCUGCGGCGGCCGCGGCCGGGGGCCAGGCCCCGGUUCGGGAGCGGGAAAGUCCGUGGCUGAGGCCGCGGUUUCUUUCGGUCACCACGACCGUGUCGGGAGCGGAUGGGAGCGGAACGGACUGGACUGCAGCAUCACAUGAGAAGCCUGGCAGGGUUGAAGCACUCGCAGAGGUCGCCAUGUUUCCUACCACCAGGAAGUGAGUGAGUGUUGCUCAAGCCCAGCAGCUAUGGCAGCCGAUGAGAGGGACUACAACCUGACAGAGGAGCAGAAGGCUAUCAAAGCCAAAUACCCACCGCUCAAUAAGAAAUAUGAAUAUUUGGAUCACACAGCAGAUGUGCAGCUACAUGCCUGGGGAGAUACUUUGGAAGAAGCAUUUGAGCAGUGUGUUAUGGCCAUGUUUGGCUACAUGACUGAUACAGAGACCGUGGAGCCUGUGGAUACAGUAGAGGUAGAGGCAGAAGGACAUGACAUGUUGUCUCUUCUCUUCCAUUUUUUGGAUGAGUGGCUGUAUAAAUUCAGUGCUAAUGAGUUCUUUAUACCGAGGGAGGUGAAAGUGCUUUACAUUGACCGAAUGCAAUUCAAAAUAAGAUCAAUUGGGUGGGGAGAAGAGUUCUCUUUACCCAAACACCCUCAGGGUACGGAGGUCAAAGCCAUAACUUACUCAGCAAUGCAGAUCUGUGAAGACGAAAAGCCAGAAGUCUUUGUCAUCAUUGACAUUUAAAGCAAGAAAAGUGUGGUUGAGUGGAUACUUGGCAUUGGCUGGCAAAAGUGCCUUGAAAACUGUAAUCCCUGUGGAAGUAACUAAGGAAUUUGCCAAUUCAAGUCAUAAAUUGAAGGGCCUAACUGUGGGGAAUGUCAGCCCCUGUUUUGACUUGAGGAUGGUGAGACAGAGAAAUACCUGCAUGCCAGGAAAAAAAAAAGAACUAGUUGGGGUUUUGGGGGUGUUGAGAAGAAGAAAGAGGGUUGCAGGAGUUGAAAGUCUCUCAGGAAUGCUAGUAGUCAGUUUUUAAGGCUGAUAUGUGUUAGGUGCUGUAUGAACUAAAUAGAGAAAUUAGUGGAGCUGCUAGCUAAAAUACUACCUUUUUGUACAGUGGCAGGAGGUAAAUGUUCAUUGACAUGAUUUCAUUUUUAGAUUUAAAUACUCUAAUUCUGAGGUGGCAGCCCUCUCCAUAUUAUAUAAAGGGUCCAAAAUAUCAGCAGUGGGUCAGACUUAAUGUAGAAAAAUUUCUGAUUGUUCAAAGGACACCUAAGAAAGCAUACCAAUUUAAAAAACAAACCACCACACCUUCUGAACUACUU